AUGUCUUCCAUCAAGCUCAUCAUUCCACGUGAAGCCCUGUUCAACACUGGCUUCCUGUCGGCACGUAUCUGGUCGCCAACGUCUACUUCAUGGAACAUCAUCUACUAUACUGCUUUAGCCUUUGGAAGCUUUGCGCUUUAUUGGCUAUGCCUGGUAUUUUAUCGUCUCUUCCUGCAUCCUCUUAGGAACGUCCCAGGGCCUAAGAUUGCGGCGGCUACCAGCUGGUAUGAGUUCUACCAGGACGUCAUUCUCGAUGGUCACUACAUCAAGGACUAUCCACGACUUCACCAGAAAUAUGGCCCAAUUGUCCGAAUGAGCCCUAACAGAGUACACAUCAAUGACCCAAACUUCUACCACAAGGUGUACUCUACUGGAACAAAGUUCCUCAAGGAGCCUGCCAUGUUCAGAUUCGCCGGUGAACUCGACGCCCUGCCAUUCAUCAUGGAUCCCGCAGCCCAUAAAGUCCGCCGUGGCAUUGUCAAUCCCAUGUUCUCGCCCCGCGCCAUCAAAGAUUUCUCUCCUCUGGCUCUUCAGAUCAUCAAGGGUGCACUGAAGAAGAUUGGAGACUCGUAUGAGACCGGGAAACCUGUCAGCUUGAAGCGACUUGAGUCGAAUUUUGCUAUGGACAUCAUCAUGAAGCUUUGCUUCGGUAAAGAUAUGGGCUGUACCCAGGGAAAAGAAGGAACAGAGGCACUCGUCGAUUCGAUGGUCGCUCUACCUCAUAGCUUCAGUCUCAUCAAGCACUUCCCUAUGCUUGGAAAGAUCAUGCAGUCUUUUCCCACGCACGUUUUGACUUACAUAAUUCCAGGAUUCGUCGAGUUCCGCAUCCAAUGUGCUCAAUGGGCCAACGAAGUACGCGAGAGACAUCAGAAUGGUGUCUACACCGACGAGACUGGCCGUCAAACCGUCUUCGACGCCAUUCUCGACGCCGAACCCGAUCGCUCAACCAAGGGACUGGUCGACGAAGCAUUCUCACUUGUCAUAGGUGGCACAGAGACUACGGUGACGACCAUAACUUAUGGUGUCUGGUGUAUUCUGAAGAACCCUGAGGUUGAAAAGAAGAUGCUGGAGGAGCUUCGCACUGUUGAGACGAACAGCGAUGGGUUGAUGGAGUAUCCAAACCUGAUGAACCUGCCUUAUCUGACUGCUGUGAUUCACGAGACUCUUCGCAUCUCUUCCCCAGCUCCGGGCAUCCUUACCCGUCUUGUGCCAUCUGGAGGAACAAAGUACGGUAGCCACUUCCUACCUGCAGAUACUUCCGUCUCAACAGCCCAGCGCCUGAUCCACUACGAUCCAGUCCUCUUCCCGGAGCCCGAAACCUUCAUGCCUGAACGAUGGCUCGACAAUAGCGACAAGGCUUCCAAGAAGAACCUGGUUCCGUUCAGCAAAGGACCGCGCAUGUGCGUUGGCCUGAACUUGUCCUACAUGGAAGCCUACGUCUUCCUCGGGAACCUGAUUCGUCGAUUCGACCUGAGUUUGCAGGACAAGGACCAAGGCACGCUUCGUUGGAAGGACUACAUUGCUCUUCAUAUUGAGGACGACGUUUUGAUCAAGGUCAAUGGGCUUCGGUAA